AUGGUCUCGCACAUAGACUGGUCGCAGCGAGCCAGCUACUCUCUCGAACAAAUGGAGAGGUACUAUGACCGAAUCCACCUGCCUCUCAGGUACCGACAUUCAUCAGUUCCCAAGACCGAUGAAGCAGCUCUGGACCACUUGAGGGUCUUGCUGCAUCAUCAGGUGGCAGCCGUCCCAUUUGAGAACCUGAGCCUGCAUUAUUCCGCCCAUCGAAGCAUCUCCACCGAUCCAUUCGAGAUCUUCGAAAAGGUGGUGGGAUCCAAGGCCGAGCGUGGGGGUUAUUGCAUGGAAAACAGUUGCCUUUUCGGAACGGUGCUGCGGAGCUUAGGGUAUCAAGUCUACCCCGUUGGAGGACGAGUUAACGAAGCAGCGCAACCCAUGUCCGCCUCACAAAACUGGAAGGGCCCGAAGUUCGAUGGCUGGAACCACAUGGUCAACAUUGUCACCAUCGGCCGCCAGAGAUACCUGGUCGAUGUUGGCUUUGGCUCUAAUGGACCCCAUCAGCCCGUUCCCUUGGUGGAGGGGCAUGAGUUCCACAAUGUGGGAAAUCAACGCGGCCGACUCGUCCAUGGCCCCAUCGCCCAGCAUACACGGGCCGGUCAAUCGAUGUGGCAAUACGAAUUUGCCAACGGGGAACCGACCCGGUGGAUCUCCGGCUAUUGCUUCACCGAGGAGGAGUUUCUUCCCGAAGACUUCACCAUCAUGAACUACUUUAUGAGUACCCAUCGCGAGAGUUGGUUCACCUUUCACCUGGUGUGCGUGCGCAUGAUUCUCGAUGAAGCGGGAGAACGCGUGAUUGGAGAUCUGACUCUGUUCAACGACAAGCUCAAGCGACGUGUUGGGACCACCUCCGAAUUAGUGGCUUCAUUUGUCUCGGAGGAGGAACGCGUGGCUGCCCUGGAGACUUAUUUCCACAUCCCUCUGACAGCGGCCGACCGGGAGAGCAUCCGGCACACGAUUGCCGAGAUCUUGUAG